UUCGAAGCAAAAGGUAUUGACGGAACGAUGGUAUCACUUCCAAAAUACAAGUACGUGAUAAAUUAUCAACGACUGAGACCAUCAAAAUUCCCAUUGAAAACUCUUUCCGAUCCAUAUUAUGAUCAGAAUCAUGAUCAUGUUAUUUUUGUGAUAGCAGGCGUUUAAACCUUAACUGGAGUUGGCACCAUCACACUUUCAUACGUGGUGUAAUAGUUAACGAUAUUUUUUCUUUGUUUUUAGAGGUUUUGUGACGUUGAUCGUCAACGUUGCAUCUUUCUGAGGGUUAACUCCCAAGAACUACACAAAGCUCGUGGAACCUGACUCAUGUUUCUGGGAAGGAGGCUUGAGAAUUAUUGGAUUUCCUUGCAACCAAUUUGGUAAUCAGGUAUGGCUCGGUCUUUACAAAAUCGUUGAACUACUACAGCAGCAUACUGCAGUAGGAAUUCUGACAGUCACACAGAACUUGUAUCUUCUCUCUGUCUCGCAUGACCGUAAUUCUUUCGUGAGCUUCAUGUCAAAUAUUACAAAAACAAUAUAAGGUUUACAGAUCUAUUGCAAACAAAAUAGUUUUUAAUAGAUAGUUAAGAUGUUAAUUUUUCAUUUUUCAUACAUGACUUAUUAACAGUUAUUAUUUUAUCCAAGCAGCCAGAAUACUUCAAUCACUCCAAUCAGUUUGCUAAGUAUCCCCGUCAUUACAAGUGUAAUGCUACAAUGCAUAUGCUUAUAAUUCUGUGUUGCUUAAUGCUUAUAUGGCCAUUAUCUACGUUCUUGCUUAAUACAAACUAUUCAUCGCUAUAUAUGCAAACUGCAAGGAGGUAACAAAUGUUACAUUUUGAAAUGAAGUGCGAAAACGUAAGGAAUGAUAAUUCCAUUUAUACCUACAUCUAGUAUAGUACAUUGGAACUACUUUUUAAUCACUAUUUUGUGGUUAAAUAAUAGUUAGCUCUAAAAUGCACGAUUUUGAUUGGUUCCUUUUUAUACAAUCUUGAACGGUCUGUGGCAGUAUAGGUAGUGGGAAUGAUAACAAAACCCUGGGGUAGUGGGGGUUGGGAAAAUUAUAUGAGUUUUUAUACUAGUGAAUAUAAAAGCGGUCACGUGACAAAAAAUAAACCAAUCGGAUGGAUUUAGUCAAAACAAAGUGUAAUGUAAAUCGUAAAAUGUAAAUCACAUUACAUGCAGAAUAAAUUAAUACAAACAUACAUGCAGAAAGGUACAACCGUUCCCUGAAUAUAUGUUAACUGCUCGUGUAAUCAUAUGACCAAUAUAAAGCAGUAUGAUUGGCUAAUUAAUUCACAUUUCAUAGGAACCAGAAUCCGAUGACGUCAUCAAGACGUUUGCCGCUGGCUAUAAUGUGAAGUUCGAUAUGUUUUCAAAAAUUAAUGUCAAUGGUUCGAAUGCCUUACCGCUGUACAAAUAUUUGAAAAGUCAGUUGAAAGGAACCCUAGGAAGGUACGGUUUUCUGGGUAUCAAUCCAGGUAUCUUGUGAGUCACUGUAUCUUGUAUUCUCAUAAACAAUAGUUUCUGCAUGCACCCUUCCGCUACAGAAUAGACAUAUAAACACUUGCAGCUCCUAUUUCUAGUUUCUAAAGGCUGCAUGUCGUCCAUCGCUGUUACUUUUAUAACCACAAUCAUGCACAUACGUCGUACAUUGAUGAGUAAAAGUCAAACUUGCAAUGGCAAAUACAAAAAUAUGCUCCCGAAAGUCACACAGCCGGAUUAUAUGGUCUGGUCCGUUUUACAGUGUGUGAGCAAACCUUUUCUCCUACUGGUUCUUUUGUUUCUCUACCGGCAGAUAAUUUUAUACUUUCCCACUGAUCUGCAUUUCUGUUCUGUAUUUUAGUUUCAUAAAGUGGAAUUUUGCCAAGGUAGGCUUGUUGUCAUACUAAGACAACUGAUGUGAUUGAAGUUUGCUUGUACAGUGUUUUUUAGUGUACACUGUACAGUGUAAGUGUGAAUGGUAAUGCCCAAUUUUAACAUUGUAUUUUUAGUUUCUUUGUAAUCGAGACGGAAAACCAGUAAAAAGAUAUUCUCCAACUACUGCACCUCUUGUAAGUAGAGAUAAAUAUUGAAGUGCCUCAAUUUAUUUGCACGGAUACUAUACAAGUGAACGUUUUCUAUUUUCGUCUGUAUUUGCUUUGGUUCAUGAAUGGUAAUUUUAGGUCACUCAUAACAAUGAACAUGAUCAAUCUGAAGCAGCCUUAAAUGAUCUUUCUGUGGAAGACGUUAACGAACCAGAUUAACUAUAAAAGCCACAGUCAUGCAUGCAUGUAUAAAAUUAUUCACGCACAAGCAUUGAUGAUAAAAUGGUACAAAUCAAUGACAAAUCAUUGAAACUGACCAUCUUCUCCCGUGCCUAGCAAGAAUUUUCGCAACUAAGAUCUUAAGUUGUAUUUGCCAAAACCUAAAACUGAGUGUGUGAAAAGUAUUGGUUUAGUGGAGCAAGUCAUUUGAAUGCCGUUCAAUGUCGUACCACUUGAGCUCAGAAAUAUUUCUCAUCAUUAAUUUUUUAACGGGUUAUUUUCUGAUACCAGCCCGUCCUAAUAUGCUUUCUUGAUUCCAGUCAAUAUUUUAUAUGCUAGUGUAACAAAUUCUUUGUAAUUAAAUGUUUUCUACAUAGUUUUUCUGUCUUCACAUCCCCCUUGGAAAUCAGGAUUGGCUAAGAGUUCGGCGUGGGGAAAAUAAAGAAGCUAAGGAAUAUAUUAUAUUGCCGGCAUUAAAGGAAGGCUUGCUUGCUUUAUAUUGCACCCACGCUAUGUGGAGAGAUAUAUAGUCGACCCACAACGGCCAAAAUAGAUACAACAAUAUUACCCCCCGGUACUGCCGAUAGCUUUAAUUAAACAAACAGAUAUUAGAAGGUGACAAUAGCAGAGAGAUGGGAACCCAACGAUUUCCUUUUUGACUGUGAUUUCUCAUUUCUGUGCCUACACAUAACAGUAGCCGAUACAAUAAUAUCAAGGUUCCGUGACUUCCGUCAAAGUAAGUCUUUGUUUGUGGUUAGUGUGGAGAAAAAAUAUAGUUUUAAUUUUAAUUAGUUUAAAUAACCUUUUUCUUUUUAAGGAUAUUGUUCCCGACAUUGAAGCUUUAUUAUAA